ACGCACACCCGUAUCCUGUUUUACAAAAGUCUCUUUGUUUUCUCAAAAAAUCUCAUUUUUUACAGGCAAGUAGGUGUAUGGUGAAGACAGUAUACUUUUUUUCGGAAACCUUUUUGAAGAACCAAGCUUGAAAAUCAUACUGUUUUUUAAGGGUGAGACUUCGUAGUAUUUAGCUAUGUGUUUAUACUGCAGUUUCUUUUCCAGAAGAAAUUUCGCAAUUUUUUUCUCGGGAGAGGCCCUUAAUUUUGACAGGUAAACAUCUGAAGAGCCAAGCAAAACAUUUUUAAGCUUCAGGCAAUUAUAUUCUUUUUCUCGCAAAGUCAUGCACGUUCACAAUAGCAUUUGAAUAGAAAAAACUCUUAAUGUGUAUUUUCUCAUAAAAACAGAUGAGAGUGGGCGAAGGAUUAUAUGUAUAUAUAUGUACAUAGACGUAUUCACUAACUUUCAUUUUCAAAAUAUUCAACAAAAUGAUCAAAAGUUCUGAACUGCUUAUUGUUAUGUUGUAAGUAAUCUAGAUGAAGCUGAUGGAUCUCUAAGAAACAUCUUAUGUGUUGCUCUUCUAGGUGCAUCGCCAGUAUUUCAGGUAGGAAAACCCAUACGAAUUUCCACUUUUCGGCAAUAUUGGCUAAGAUCUAAUGGACGUUCACCAAUGGUGAAAACUCCGUUUGAGAAAAUCCUAUUGGCGAAGAACGGUUUAGGCAACCUAUUGCGAAUAAAAGAAACUUUAUCUUACCGCUUGAAAUAAUAGAGAUAAGAAAUUUAUUCUAUCAUUUCAAAGUUAAAUCCUGAGAACUGCAAUGUCACAAUUCUAUUUUCACCGUGAAACGUCGUACCAGCAUGUUGUACUAGUUUGGUUUACAAAAGCAUAACAAAAGUAACAUAGAGAGUUUUAACAAAUAGUCUUGUUGCAUAGAACGAUUUAAAAUAUUGAAACAGUAAUGACUGAGCGAUACACAGAAAUAUGAAAAAAUGAGUACAUGUGGCUUUUACUGAGUGAGAUAUUCCACCAAUAUUAUUUUAAUAUAUUAUUUCAUCAUGUUCAUCCAUCAAAAAAUUGAAAAUUUUCACUCUUACGUAGGGCGAUAUCGGACGCGUUUAGUCGAAUGGUGACUCUAUUUCCUUCCUCAACACGCUUUGUUUUUGUUGUAAUAUGGCAACUAAGCCAGCAGAAUAUAAGAUUAUUUGUUUUAUUUAAGUAUCUUCGCAUAUGAUAAGCAUCUUUUUGAAUACAAAAUGACACAGAAUUGACUACAUGCGUGUCUGCAUCGAAAAUAAAAUUAAUAGACUUGUUACGUAAAACUUUAUCCGAUUCAUUUUAGCUGUGGCGAUAGCAUUAGGAACGACAACAGCGUCAAAGGGUAACAGCACGCUGAAAACAACAAUAAAGACAACACUGAGACCAACAGCAACUACGAAGAAGACAACAGCAACAAAGAGAACAACAACUACAACUACAACAACAACAACAACGACACCAAAGAUAACAACAACUACAACAACAACAACAACAACAACAACAACAACUACAACUACAACAACAACAACAACUACAACUACAACAACAACCACAACUACAACAACAACACCAACUACAACUACAACAACAACAACAACGACACCAAAGAGAACAACAACGACACCAAAGAGAACGACAACGACACCAAAGAGAACGACAACGACACCAAAGAGAACGACAACGACACCAAAGAGAACGACAACGACACCAAAGAGAACGACAACAACAACAACUACAACAACGACAGAAGAUACCUCGACAAUAACAACAGCAGCAGGCAAGUAA